ACUGCUGCAGUGGCCAUGGGGGCCCUGACCAGCCGGCAGCACGCGGGCGUGGAGGAGGUGGACAUCCCAUCCAAUUCCGUGUACCGCUAUCCGCCCAAGUCCGGGAGCUAUUUUGCCAGCCACUUCAUUAUGGGAGGAGAGAAGUUUGACUCAAGUCAUCCUGAAGGUUAUCUGUUUGGAGAGAACAGCGACCUGAACUUCCUAGGAAACCGACCAGUACCGUUUCCUUACGCCGCCCCACCUCCCCAAGAACCGGUGAAGACUCUGAGGAGCCUCGUCAACAUCCGAAAGGACACUCUGAGACUAGUCAAAUGCGCUGAGGAGGUAAAGAGCCCUGGCGAAGAGGCCAGCAAGGCCAAAGUCCACUACAAUGUGGAGUUCACCUUUGACACAGAUGCUCGAGUGGCCAUCACCAUCUACUACCAAGCCACAGAAGAGUUCCAGAAUGGCAUUGCCAGCUACAUCCCAAAAGACAACAGCCUGCAGUCAGAGACUGUGCAUUACAAACGAGGGGUAUGCCAGCAGUUCUGCCUGCCCUCGCACACUGUGGACCCUUCGGAAUGGGCUGAAGAGGAGCUUGGCUUCGAUCUGGACCGUGAGAUUUACCCCUUGGUGGUGCACGCUGUUGUGGACGAAGGCGAUGAGUAUUUCGGUCACUGCCAUGUACUGCUAGGCACUUUUGAAAAGCACGCAGACGGGACUUUCUGCGUCAAACCGCUCAAACAGAAACAAGUAGUAGACGGGGUCAGCUACCUCCUCCAGGAGAUCUAUGGAAUUGAAAACAAGUACAACACCCAAGAGUCCAAGGUGGCUGAGGAUGAAGUGAGUGACAACAGUGCCGAGUGUGUGGUGUGUCUCUCAGAUGUCCGGGACACCUUGAUCCUGCCCUGCCGUCACCUCUGCCUCUGUAACACCUGUGCAGACACCCUGCGCUACCAGGCCAACAACUGCCCCAUCUGCCGGCUCCCUUUCCGGGCACUGCUCCAGAUCCGAGCUAUGAGGAAAAAACUGGGCCCCUUGUCCCCAGGAAGCUUUAACCCCAUCAUCUCAUCGCAAACGUCCGACUCUGAAGAACAUUCCUCCUCAGAGAACGUUCCACCAGGCUACGAAGUGGUAUCUCUUCUGGAGGCCCUCAACGGGCCCCUCACACCAUCUCCAGCAGUCCCUCCACUUCACGUGCUUGGAGAUGGCCACCUCUCAGGAAUGCUGCCUUCCUACGGCAGUGAUGGCCACCUGCCCCCUGUCAGAACACUCUCCCCCCUGGACCGCCUGUCAGACUGCACCAACCAAGGACUCAAACUCAAAAACAGUCUCUCCAAGUCCAUUUCCCAGAAUUCUUCUGUGUUACAUGAGGAGGAUGACGAGCAUUCCUGUAGCGAGUCUGAGACACACCUCUCUCAGAGACCGUCCGUACAGCAUCUAGAAGAGGAAUGUGGCGUGACUCCAGAAAGUGAGAACUUGACCUUGUCGUCAUCGGGAGCUAUUGACCAGUCGUCUUGCACAGGGACCCCUUUCUCAUCCACCAUUUCCUCCCCAGAAGACCCUGCCAGCAGCAGCCUGGCCCAGUCGGUCAUGUCCAUGGCGUCUUCGCAGAGCCAGCACUCCCAGAUCAGCACGGACACUGUCUCCUCCAUGUCCGGCUCCUAUAUCGCCCCAGGCCCUGAAGAAGAGGGUGAGGCGCUCCCUUCCCCGCAGGUUGCCAGCAGGGCCCCAUCAGAGGAAGGAGAGGUGAUGCCACCGGAGUCUCCAGAUGUCAACUUUGUUGGCCUCCCAGCCGAGGAACAGGAUGCAGAGGGAAAUGAUGUUGUAGAGGAAGAAGAUGGAUCCCCCACGCAAGAAGAGGGCCAGAGGACAAGCGCAUUUCUAGGUACGGAGUGUGACAAUAACAAUGACUUUGACAUCGCAAGCGUGAAAGCACUGGACAAUAAGCUCUGCUCUGAGGUCCGCUUACCCGGCACCUGGCAGGCUGAUGACAAUGCUGUGGGUCGGAGGAACACUCAGCACCAGAGCUUAUCAUCACCCAGCAGCCUGGAGGACCCCGAGGACAGGCCCUGUGUGUGGGGUCCACUCGCUGUCUGA